GUCAGAAGGAGCUCGUCUUACGCUGAUGUUUCUCCCUCCCUCCCUCUAAAACGUUUCUCUCUCUAAACAAGCAACUAAACGCUCUCUCUCUCUCUCUCUAGAACAAUUCCAUCUUUCUCUCUCUCUAGAACAAGAGGAGCAGCUGCACGGAUAGAGAAACAAAAACAGUGAUUGAGAUUGAGCACUCCAAUGCAGAUUCAGAAGCAAUAUAAGUCUCAGGUUGAAUGCAAAUGAUCUUGAAGUGAAAUAUUAGGGUUUUGGGAUGAGAAGCUGUUCAGGGAAUUAGGGUUUUCCUGGUCUGAUUUUCUCUUUGAAAAGUUGAGUUAUUGUUGAAUUGGGAAUUUGCAUUUACUUCUACAUUGUUUGAUUUAGAGUUAUCGAUUGGAUAAGGAGUUAGAAUAUGAGUUCAGAGGUGUAACACGCAUGGUUUUCAUCGAUUUCAUGGUCCAAGGUUAAUUUUCCAUUGAUCGAACUGGUUAUCUUGGGUUUCGUGGUUCUCUCUCUCUGAAGCUUUCUUGAUCAGAAGGAAUGCAGACUAAACCUAAGAGAAAAACAGUUACAGAGAAUGGAGAUGGAGGUGAUGAAUUGGCUUUGGCCACUGCUAUUGGUAAUGGUGAAGAUUUGGCCCCAAUUGUUCGUCAAGCCUUUGAGUUUGGGAAGCCUGAUGCCCUACUUUUGCAGUUGAAAUCCUUUGUCAAAAAGAAAGAAGUCGAGAUUGAAGAUCUCUGCAAACUUCAUUAUGAAGAAUUCAUUCGAGCAGUUGAUGAGCUCCGAGGGGUUUUGGUUGAUGCAGAUGAGCUCAAGAAUGGCCUCUCUUCUGAAAAUUAUAGGCUUCAAGAAGUGGGUACCUCUCUCUUAGCCAAGCUUGAAGCCCUACUGGAUGCCUACUCAGUUAAGAAGAACGUCACUGAAGCAAUGAGGCUUUCAAAAUUUUGCGUUCAAGUAGCUGAUUUAGCAGCAAAAUGUAACAAACAUAUUGCUAGCAAUAACUUCUACCCAGCUCUGAAAACACUGGACUUGAUAGAGAGAGACUAUUUGCAGAGAAUACCGGUUAGGGUUUUCGGCCAACUUCUCGAGAACCAAAUUCCCAUUAUCAAAACCCAUAUAGAGAAGAAGGUUAGCAAAGAAUUCAAUGACUGGCUUGUUCAGGUAAGGAGCACUGCAAGAGAAAUUGGGCAACUGGCUAUUGGGCAAGCUGCUUCAGCUCGACAAAGAGAAGAAGAGCUUCGAGCUCGACAGAGACAAGCUGAGGAGCAAAGUAGAUUGGGAGCAAAGGAUUGUGUUUAUGCCCUUGAUAUAGAGGAACCAGAUGAGGGUUCAGUUCUCAAAUUUGACCUAACGCCAGUUUAUCGAGCCCAUCACAUCCAAACCUGCUUGGGCUUACAAGACCAGUUUCGAGAUUACUAUUACAAGAACCGAAUGCUCCAGCUUAACUCUGACCUUCAAAUCUCAUCUACUCAACCUUUCUUAGAGUCCCAUCAAACCUUCUUUGCCCAAAUUGCUGGUUAUUUUAUAGUGGAGGACAGGGUUUUAAGAACAGCAGGCGGUUUGCUCUCGAAUUCUCAGGUUGAAACCACUUGGGACACUGCAGUUGUAAAAAUGACCUCAAUUUUAGAGGACCACUUUUCUCGAAUGGAUACAGCGAGCCAUCUUCUUUUGAUAAAAGACUAUGUGACACUUUUGGGUGCUACCUUAAAGCGGUAUGGGUACCAUGUGGGUCCUUUGCUAGAGGUCUUAAAUAACAGUUGGGACAAGUACCAUGAGCUCCUCUUUGAAGAGUGUAGGAAGCAGAUAACUGAUGUGCUUGCAAAUGAUACCUAUGAGCAAAUGGUUAUGAAGAAAGAGUACGAGUAUAAUAUGAAUGUCUUGUCUUUCCAUCUUCAAACCUCAGACAUAAUGCCAGCUUUCCCUUAUAUCGCUCCAUUUUCAGCUACUGUUCCUGACUGUUGCAGGAUUGUGAGGUCGUUUAUAGAGGACUCGGUGAGCUACUUGUCAUAUGGUGCGAACAUGGAUGUCUACGAUGUUGUGAAAAAGUAUUUGGACAAGCUCUUGAUAGAUGUUUUGAAUGAGGCUUUGCUCAAAGCUAUCUAUGGCAAUACGAGUGUGGUAUCUCAAGCAAUGCAAAUGGCUGCUAAUAUUACCGUUUUAGAGAGAGCAUGUGAUCUUUUCCUUAGGCAUGCUGCUCAACUUUGUGGGAUCCCAGUAAGGCUUGCUGAAAGGCCCCAUGCCUCUCUCUCUGCUAGAGCAGUCUUUAAGACCUCUCAGGACGCAGCCUACCAUGCUUUGCUAAAGCUUGUUAACUCUAAGUUGGACGAGUUCAUGGCUUUAACUGAUAGUAUCAAUUGGACCUCAGAUGAGGUCCAACAAAAUGGAAAUGAGUACUUAAACGAGGUCAUAAUUUAUCUCGAGACGCUUCUCUCUACUGCUCAACAAAUCUUGCCCCUAGAGGCUCUGUACAAGGUGGGAAGUGGGGCUCUCCAGCACAUAUCAGAUUCAAUUGUUGACACCCUUUUGAGUGACGGUGUUAAGAGAUUUAACCUAAAUGCCAUCUUGGGUAUUGACAAUGAUUUGAAGGCAUUGGAGUCGUUUGCUGAUGAGAGGUUCCAAAGCACUGGUUUGAGUGAGGUGCACAAAGAAGGGAACUUGCACGAUUGCUUGAUCGAGGCUCGCCAGUUGGUAAACCUUCUAACGAGUUCUACACCUGAGAAUUUCAUGAAUGCUGUUAUAAGAGAGAAGAACUACAAUGCUUUGGACUAUAAGAAGGUGGCUUCCAUUUGUGAGAAGUUCAAGGAUUCACCAGACAGGCUGUUUGGGAGCUUGGCGAGCCGGAAUUCAAAGCAAACUGCACACAAGAGGUCAAUGGAUGCGUUGAAGAAGAAAUUGAAGGACCUCAGCUGAUGAAUUUGCCAGGUGGAAGGAUGUUCUUAGAGGAUCCUUAAAGUUCAUUUAUUUUUAUUUACUAUUUAUACCCUUUUGAAAUAGAUCUGUUUUUGUAUGUAGGAAUUUUUGGCAUUAGGCUGCCAUCGUUGUUUGUUUAUUUCUGGGAAAUUUGGAUGCUUUCCCGAGUAGUGUUGACCCUGUUUUGGCAUGUUAUUUCGGUGGUGCAAAUUGGAUGUGCAUUUCUUAGUAUAUGUAUGUAAUUAUUUAGAUUUUAUAAUUAUUUAGAUUAUCUGAA